AUGCCCAUCUGCAUCGAAUGCUCUUACCCCGUCUCGCACCUGUAUAGCACUUACAGCCGCGCUGAUGACCGCUCUCUGGGCAAGGGCGUGCGUCUGACGCAAUGUCCGCGCUGCAAGCGCUUCGCGGACAAAUAUGUGGAACAUGAUUUUGUGGUGCUUUUUAUAGAUCUAGUUCUGAUCAAACCUCAGGUCUACCGACACCUGCUCUUCAACCGACUAGGGGGUAACAAUGAUCAAUUCGAUCGCUCAAUUAUCCGUCUGGGAAUUCUUCUCCUUCUGUUCGAUGUAUACCUAACCUGGGCGCGGAUCGAGAGGUCCCCCACCCUCGCAGCCUCCUGGCUUGCCCGCACACCGAUCAUCGUGCAAUACCUCUUCUUUCUAAGCUUGAACGCCGUCGCAACUCUUGCGCAUCAUCUCACAGUUAGGCUGCUUGCCUCUCUGCUCUCACCGACACCAUAUGGCGGCAGCAGCACCAACACAAGCGGGGCCGAGGGACCUGUCCUUUCGAAUCCCUCCACCCCCGUCUUCCCCUCGUUCUCGUCCCAGUCCCAGUCGGUUACACCGUCGGGGCAACAGUCACCCUCCGCUGGGAUGGCAAUGAGCCCGACGAGACUCACGCCUCACGGUUCCUCCCAGGACGUCUCACUCUCGGCCAGUGCUGCUGCCCUGGGCACAUCAGCGUCCACCACCAAUCUCGGUACCGACCAACACCACCACAACCCCGCGUCUACACCGCAGGGAUCGUUACCCUUCCCCCCGCCGCCUCUGCGCCGUGCGUCCACCGCGCCGGCGCAGAGCAUCCGGCCUUUGCCACCGCCGUCCCCGGCCAGCCCAACAGCCAUCAGCACCGCCCUGCUCGUCAGCAGCUGCGCGAAACUCUUUCCUAUCCUUCUCGUCAUCUGGGGUCCCGACGGCAGCGGCAGCUCAUCUGUACCUAUCAAACAGGACAACACAAGUGCCGGCGGGAUGACGCAUUCCACCCUGACGCAGCGGAUGUUGAGCAGGUACACCCCGACCGCGAGCGCCGACGCUCCCAGCGCGACGGGAUUCGUGUCCUCAGUGUCGUCGUCCCUGCUCGACAAGUUGGUCUCCAGCCUGGCGUGGUUGAUCCCGGCGUCGGUGCCAACGAGCUACCUGACAAAUUGUGCCGAGUUGGUCGGCUCGCUCUUUUCCCUUGGGGCAGCGGAUACGCAUCUGGGGCUGUUGAGUAAUAUCGAGGCGCUGUAUAUCCUGCUCGGAUGCGGGUAUCUGCGCGCGGUGGCCUUGGCGGUGGCCGGCCUGCUUGCGCGGUGGAUGGUGCAGAGGGUGAUCCUGGGUGCGGUGGGCAUCGGCUGA